ACUCUGAGGCCAGCCAGAGGUGAUAUUUGCCGGUUCUCUGAACUACUCAAAAUUUCCGCUACCGGUUCUCCAGAACCUGUCAGAACCUGCUGGAUUUCACCCCUGCUUCCACACGAUAUAAGGGUCCUUGGAGGUAACACAGAGUAUGGAUGAUGACCCUCUACUUGAUGCACCACUUCUUCCACGCCAUACAUUACAUUCCAGGCUUCAUCCAGAGUUCCAUGCUAUACCUACAGUCUUUGUUGCCAAUGUUUUGUUGCUUUUGCAUGUUACUUUCGUUGUGUUGGCAUUUGUGACAGGCGUGAUUUGUUCUUAUGCUGAUUCAAGUGAAGACACGUGCCCUGAAAACUACACUUAUCCUUUGAAAGUGCAGACUACUAUAACGAUUGCUAAGGUAAUUCUCUGGAUGCUUCAUCUGUUCCUGGAACGAUACAUUCACUUUCAUCACAGCAAAGCUAGAAGCAAAGGUUACCUCCACAUCUACCGAACCACAAGACAUCUUAAAAGGGUUCCCCUACUAAUUCAGUCAACAGGAAAUGUGGCUUUACUGCUGAUAGUAUCACUUCAACAUUCGUUUCCUAAUCACAAUAAAAUGUAUCUCUGCUUCAUGCUGGGAAUCUUGGCUCUGGAAUUGAUAUGUUCAUUGAUAUGUCUGGUUAUCUACACAGUGAAGGUAAGCAACUUUAAUCGAGCAAAGCCAAGACCUGAUAUAAUAGAAGAAGAGAAGAUGUAUUCUUAUCCUAAUCAAGUUACCUCAGAAGUUGGAUUCAGAGAAAUCUCAAGUUUGGAAGAAGUAGUUGAAAAACAAGGUGAUAUGAUUGAAUACCUUCAGCGGCACAAUGCCCUGCUUAGCAAGAGACUAUUGGCAUUAAUGUCCGAGCAGAACAGAAGCUAGUGGUAUUCAAGACAGCAAUGUAGAAGAAAAACAUCUCCAGUACUGAUUUAUUCUCUGAAAUGCAAGUUGUACUGAAAAACUCCAGUCCAAGUUUUGAAUAGCAGUUGGGCCACUUCUGGAUCACUGGAAAAGCUUCUUUUUAAAAAGGAUAUAUAUUUUUAAAUGGUUGUCUUUACUAAAUUUUUUUGCAGUGCAGGAAGCAGACCUUAGAUAGAGAAAAUUUCUCUUUCUAUGUCAGUUACAGAUUGUUCUUCCAAAGUGCCAAAGAUUUCUAUAGUAGUUCAGGAUUCAGUUCUUUUCAAAAAUACAGCAAGGAAAACAUCUUCAUUUAAGUGUCAUUUUUCUUUACAUCUAUAUUAUCAGUUAAACUAUUGGAUACAUUUAUAAAAGAAUAUAUCAGUAUUAGGCUAUUAGUAUCUCUGCUUCAUCAGAGAUGAAUAAAGUUACUAUAGUAAUAGUGAAGAAUCAUCUGGAAACUCUUUAAUACCUUUUUAAAAAAAACUGGAGUCACAGGUUCCAUUUCUGCAAUUAUAGCGAUAACAGAAUAGAAUCCUAAAUGCAAAGGAAUAUCCGAAAGAGGAAAAUGAGAAUAUCCUACAUAAACUGGAAAGACCAUGUGGGUAUAAUAUGGGAAAUAUAAAUUGAGCCUUUUAAAAUCAUGGAUAUCAAAAUAAAGCUAAUAUUGCCUUUCUGCCUUGCUUAUGUGUAUGGGCCAGCAUCUUACAAUCAAAUGAACAAGAAUGGGAAAAAGUGUGAAAAUAUUUUUUAAAUGUGGGGGGAUAGUAACAAGCUGCAUGUAAGUCUUUAUCUCUAUCCUAGAGAUUUAUGGUACAGUAUUGUUUAUAAUGUGAAGAAACAUUAGUUUCUGGCUUUUAUGUUCUUCUUAAAAACUACUUUAUUUUGAAAAGCUACUUCUUUAAUCCCUGCAUAUGGGAUUAAAAUUCACCUCCUCUGCCCUUUAAACCUGUCAUAAUUGUUGAAAAUACUCAGGCCUACUAUAUUUAAUGAUUGCUCCCCCUGAAAGCUGUUGCACAAAAUAUGUACAUAAAAGUGUGUAGAUCCUAUUGAAUUCAGUGAAAAUUAGUUGCUGGAAUCUGCUCGACUAAAGUUUUUAAUUUCCUUUUUCUCUGUUAACAGUUAAUUGCCUGCUCUGUCUUUUUGCUGCCAAUGAAGAGUAAUUUUUGUGUAUUCUGUAGUCAGAAAGGCAUACUUUUCCACAAAUCGGAUAAUUCUGUGAUUUUGCCUAGGAAAGAACAAAAGUAUACCAACCAUCCUGCUAUAAAUUAUACAAACUAAUUGUUCAUUCACUGCUUACUGAAAUAUAUGUAUGCAUGUAUAUUGCACAAAAUAACUUAAUAUUGCAACUGACUCCUUCUAACACUAAUUCCUUCAUGUCUUUUAGGCUGUGGUUUAAGCACAGGUAAGAUUUUAUAUAGAAGAUGAGCUUUCCUUUUAAAGGUUACUUAGAUUUCAUCAUAGUUUGUACGUAAUUUGUUCUACCUUUUGUAUUAAAUGUGAUAAAUGAAUAAAUGCAAUAAAUUCUAAUCUAUUGCAA